UCUUUCACGAAUUACACAUGGCGCCCAAGGGUAAGUCCAAGGAGACCAAAGCCAGUGCCAAGAGCACUGAAACUUCAAAGGCUCAAAAAGCCAAGAAGGCCGUCCUGAAGGGUGUCCAAAAGACUGGUCAAAGGAAAGUCAAGACGACUGUAAAAUUCCAUCGUCCAAAGACCCUCAGUCUCAGACGAAACCCUAAGUACCCUCGUCUCUCGGCUCCCAGAGAAAACAAGCUUGACCAUUAUGCCAUCAUCAAACACCCUCUUACAACUGAGUCAGCGAUGAAAAAGAUUGAGGACAACAACACUCUUGUUUUUAUUGUUGAUAUAAGAGCAAACAAGCCUCAAAUCAAGGCUGCUGUAAAGAAGCUGUAUGAUAUUGAUGCAUCAAAAGUAAACACCCUAGUCAGGCCAGAUGGGCAGAAGAAAGCAUAUGUACGACUUGCCCCAGAUUAUGAUGCAUUGGAUGUUUCAAACAAGAUUGGAAUUAUCUAAAGUGAAUGUCUAUGGGUAGUUGAAAAAUAAUAAAAUUCAAAAUUGUUA